UAAGCAAUUGCAGCGGAAUGCGUUGAUUUGUUCAGUCUAAACACUUUGCCCACUACUAUUACUAUAAAGUAAAGUUGGUUCAACAACAAAGAACAUGCCCAUUUCCAUUUCCAUUUCCAUUUCCAUUUCUAGUGAGAGAAAUUUCUCUCUCUUCAUCAUCAUCUUCCAACCGAAAGAAAACAUAUAAAUCUCGCAAAAGGCGAAAGGUGGGCAGAACCAAAAGCAGAAUUCCAACCAGCAAAACCCCAUUUUCAAAGCUCCAUCUUAAAGAAGGAAAAAGAAAACCAGAGUUAGAGAGAGAAAGAGGGGCUGCCCAGCAAGUUUUUUCUUCGAAGAAUUCCGCAUGUAGCUGAGGAAGAAGCACGGAAAUAGAGAGAGAGAGAAAACCCUUGUCUGAUUUUUCCUUUUUCUUUUGGGUUUUUUGUUGUUGCAGCUUUUUGGAAGGGGGGUCUUUCGAAGGUCUCUUGCAGGGGCUUAUUUCGGAAAUUUGCAGAGGAUUUUCGGCAACUGCGUCAUUUCUGGAAGUAAUUUCAACCUCCUCACCCUCUGUUUUACUUCUUUCCCUUCUAGGGAAACACAUUAAUGCAACGAAUAUGGGAAAGAAAGGCAGUUGGUUUUCUGCUAUAAAGAGGUUUUUCACUUGUCAAUCAGGGGAGGUGGAUCGUGAGAAUAAUAGUGGAAAUGAAAGAAAGGGAGAUGGAAAAGGAGCGCCCACUUCCUUCAUUCCUCUCUUUAGAAAGCCAAGCACAGUCGAGAAAAUCUUUAGCGAUUUCGAGAGGGAGCAACAGUUAGUAGCAAUUCAGCCUCCUGCUCCUGAACUGCCAUCAACACCACCGUAUAUACCUCCUCCUCGACCCACUUCCCCCCAGGCUACUUCACCUCCUAGAGCUGCCUCUCCUAGGGAACCAUCUCCUGAGAUUUCUCCUCCUACAGUUGCUUCUCCUCCUCGAGCUUGCUCGUCAACCAUCCUCAAUCAUCAUGAGGAAGUCAGCUACAUUCCAACGGUCGUCAAUCAUCACAAGGAAGUCAGCUACAUCCCAGAACCAAUCAACACGAACAAUCUUUCUUCAGCUAUUAAGAUCCAAGCAGCCUACAGAGGUUAUGCGGCAAGGAAAAGCUUCAGAGCAUUGAAGGGUCUGGUGCGGCUUCAAGGCGUUGUACGAGGGAAUAAUGUGAGGCGCCAGACUUUGAAUGCCAAGAAACAGAUGCAGCUGUUGGUUCGGGUGCAGUCUCAGAUACAAUCACGACGGAUCGAAAUGCUCGAAAACCAAAGGCAACUCCAGGAUCAUCCCAAUGAUAAAGAAGCUCAGAGUACCUUUGGCACAUCUGAGGGAGGUAACCAUGAAGAUUGGGAUGAAAGCUCACUAACAAAGGAGGAAAAAGACGCCCGACUGCAGAGGAAGGUAGAAGCCGCCAUCAAACGGGAACGAGCAAGGGCAUAUGCAUACUCCCAAUCCCACCAGAAAACCACUCCAAAGUCAGCACUGGAUUCUCAAAUGGAUACUUGCUCUGCUGGAGUUCCGAGGUGGUUGAAAUGGUUAGAAAAUCAGUUACCCACCGAGGCUCAUCCGAAGCAUCCUAUGCCGAGACCUUCAACGCCACCGCCAGAGCAUAAGUCGAGCCCACGGUCUCCAUCAAGCAAUAACAAGCGACACAAUUUCGGCUUAGAUGGUAGGGAUACUCCCACACCAAAGUCUACAAAAUCAACAGCAUUCUCAAAUGCAAAGCCUGCACGGUCUCCGCAUCGGUUGAGAACCCCUCAAACAGCAAGGUCAAACAUCUCCAACGACUCAAGAUCGCGAGGCAGCAGAGCACUGUCUCCUUUCGACAUGAGGUUAAAGGACGACGACAGCCUCGCAAGCUGCCCCCCUUUUAUGGCACCGCACUACAUGACCCCUACAGUUUCAGCCAAAGCGAAAGUGCGAGCUCAUAGCAACCCGAGGGAGAGGUUUCCCGGUACGCCGAGGAGUGAAGCAUCCAGCAGGAGGCAGUCAUUUCCCCUGACACAAGGUGUAGGAUCAUUUAGGAACAGAGGUUUGAUGUCGUCGCCGAGGGAUCAAAUGACAGUAGACGACAACCAAUCGGUACGAUCGGUCGGGAACUUCAGCUUUGUUUCACUACCAACUGGAAUUAGAAGGAAACCGUUUAACAGAUUUGUGUGAUUUGAUUAACCCCUGUGUUCUUGCUUCUCUGGUUUUUAAUGAUGAUGAUUGAGUGUAUUUAUUGUCAUAUGGUUUUGUGUUGAAGAAAUACUGAUUGUGUAAUAAAGAAACUCAAGGUUUGGGUUUGGGGUUUUUUAAUGUUAUACUUUAACUACUUCACAUUUUCUUGAUUA